ACUCCCUGCCGUUAGCCGUUGUUGUACCCGAUGCUACAGAACAGAUUUGUCGCGAUACAAACUAGCUCCACACGGGCAUUAAAGCCGCGAAAAGAUGCUCCUCCACGGGAUUAAAACACCGAAACACACGGCAAGAAGUCUGGAGAAACUUUACACGACUGUGGCCAAACUUUGAUAGACUACAAACCUCCGCACCACUUCCCUUUACAGUUCCGAGCGUGUUAGCAUUGUUUUAUCUCACCACUGUUGGCAUUGGACGCGUCUCUCUCUCUGUCUCUCUCUUCUCUAUCUUUUUUUUUUUUUUUUUUUAAUUUUUAAUUUUUUUCCUCUUCUUCUGGAGCAGUCCAGUCUGAUGAAUUCACCGAAAAAAGACGGAGAUGAUGAUGUGCCCGUUAAAGACCCGGUAAAAUACGGCGAAUUGGUCAUUUUGGGGUACAAUGGCUCUCUUCCAAGCGGAGACCGUGGGCGCAGAAAGAGCCGCUUCGCUCUGUACCGAAGGGCCAAGGCUAACGGUGUCAAACCCAGCGCCGUGCACAUCCUCAACACGCCACAGGACAGCAAGGCGGUGCACAGCAGGGGGCAGCACAGUAUCUCUUUCACACUGUCCCGUAACCAGACGGUGGUGGUGGAGUACUGCCAUGACAACAACACGGACAUGUUCCAGAUUGGACGCUCCACAGAAAGUCCCAUUGACUUCGUGGUGACUGACACCUCUGGAGGGGGAAAGGAAGCGGAGGACCCCUCCAUCGCCCCCAGCACCAUCUCCCGUUUCGCCUGCAGAGUGGUGUGUGAACGCAACCCUCCUUACACUGCUCGCAUCUACGCCGCAGGCUUCGACUCCUCCAAAAAUAUCUUUCUAGGGGAGAAGGCAACCAAAUGGAAAAAUCCUGACGGGCACAUGGAUGGUUUGACCACCAAUGGGGUUCUAGUGAUGCACCCUGAGGGAUUCCCAGAGGACCCUAAGCAGGGUCUGUGGAGAGAGAUCUCUGUCUGUGGAGAUGUUUAUGCUCUGAGGGAAACCCGUUCUGGACCCAGCCGGGGCAAACUGGCGGAGGGAGAGAGCAGCGCACUACGAGACGGUUCUCUGGUUGAUCUGUGUGGUGCCACCCUGUUGUGGCGAACAGGUGAGGGGCUCAUGCGAGCUCCAACCCUGCGUCACCUGGAGGCUCUUCGUCAGGAGCUUAACGCGUCCCGGCCUCAGUGUCCUGUAGGCCUCAGCACACUGGCCUUCCCCAGCCUGCCACGGAGCCACAGCCUUGAAGAGCGUCAGCCCUGGGUCUACCUCGCCUGCGGCCACGUCCACGGACGCCACGACUGGGGCCAGAGAUCAGAGGGAGAGGAGGAUCCAGGAGAGGGCGAGAGCUCCACAGUCCGUCGUGAAUGUCCCCUUUGCAGGAGCGUGGGCCCCUAUGUGCCCCUGUGGCUGGGUUGUGAGCCUGCAGUGUACGUGGACGCCGGAGCUCCCACUCACGGUUUUGUGCCAUGUGGCCACGUCUGCUCAGAGAGGACAGCCAGGUACUGGGCUGAGACUCCACUGCCCCACGGGACCCACGCCUUCAGACCCGUCUGCCCCUUCUGCUCCACUGCCCUCAGCUCCCCUGGCUGGACGAGGCUCAUCUUCCAGGGUCCCAUUGACUAGUCAGCACUUCUAGGCAACCACUAUCACAAUACCAAGAAGCUGCCUGAGCUUCAUUCAUGUUGCAAACGUUGGUCAGCGUGGAAAGGUAACAAUGUGGAGUGCUUAGAUUAUGAUUAGAUUAUGGUUGUUGCACUCUCAUGGUCUGAGUGUAUAACAACCCUCUGCAACGUUGUGUUACUGAAUGUAGCUCAGAUGAAGAAUCCUUGCCCUUGUUUAUCCUUCAGAGCUUGUUAGUUGGUGUAAGAUCAGGAGGAUAGGUGACAAAAACAUGGCAGAAUAAUCAGCGCUGUCACGUGGAGAGUAUUUCCUCUAAAUUCUAAGGGAUGUCCAGUCCUCUGUCAUGCAGGAGUUUCAAGUUUUUAAUUCCAGCCACCACGAUGCCAGCUGAAGACAUAGUUCUCAGAAAUAUUUACCCAGGAGCCUAAACGAUGCUGCUUAACCCUUUUCAGAACACAUAUUUUCAAAUGACACAUUCUCAUAAUAACUAUCUACUCUAUCAGGCUUAAACCUUUCUCUCAGUAUUAGACAUCUUGCACAGUAUAAAAUGGCAAGUAGCUUUUUGCACAUAUGAGGUGCGAUCAAAGCGUUUAAAGUCUGUGCCAGAAAAAAAGAUUCAAGAAAUUAAAAACCAUACCUGGUUUAAAUUUGUCCAGCAUUUCAUUCACAGUAGACUUCUUGUGCAGCGAUACACUGCUCCCAGUGUUCCUCCAACAUUUGUGAAACUCCAUUAAAGGCACAUUCUGUAAGCAAGUCGAGCACUGCCUGUGUCUCAAUGGAAUCACAAAGUAGAUCUGGUUAGGGAAUGACUGUGUUGUUUUAAGUGUAUAAUUAUCGCGUUGUGAUGCAGUGCAGCUGAAAUCAUCUGCAUGCCAUCGCACCACCGCUUAGAUCGUUUGACCCAAAUAUUUUCCCUCUGAACUUUACAGUACAUCUCUGCCUUAACAUCCUGACAAAUUCAUGAUGCACAGUUCUGUGAAUGCUUCCUCAAAGGGCAUUGUAGGAUGUAGUGGGAUUCUCUCCAUAGUAUAUCGUAAUAAGGUGUUGACUAGAGAUGUCCGAUAUUGGUUUUUUUGCUAGUAACCGAUAUGCAGAUAUUGUCCAACUCCCAAUUUCCGAUUCUGAAAUCAACCGACACUGAUAUACGUGGGCUAUUUAACUAAUUCUGGGUAACAUCACAUAUCUCCUGUUGUGGAAUUAACACAUCAUGCCUAAUUUUAUUGUGAUGCCCUGUUGGAUGCAUUCUCAAAUGCAACAAGGCUUUCCAAAUGUAAACAUUGUCUGUGCAAAAUAAGAAAACUACUUCAACGUAAGUUAUGGAAAAAAAAAUUGUUUUUUUUAAUUGUCUGUAACAACAAUUCACACUCUCCCUCUCUCCCUCCCUCUAUGAGUCUAUUUCAAUGUGGCAACUAUACUGUACAAAUUUGGUAAAUGCCGGCAAAAUCCAGGCAUUAUUCUAUCGGUUUUCAUGAUAGGCAAAAAAAACCUGACAACGAUAUUGACCAAUAUUACAUUUUUAUGCCAAUAUCGGGCCAAAAAUAUCGGUGGGCCGAGAUUAUCAGACGUUUCUAGUGUUGACCUUAUUAUGUGAUGCGACCCUGAGAUGACUAAUGUUGUGAAUUUGCAGACGUGCUAUUGGUGCUCUUGACCUGAUGUUCCUUCUCUGGUCUCGGAGACUGCAGCUCUUCUGCUGCUAAAACCACCAUUUCUUCUCUUAGUGAUAGCCACAGACCCACUUGUGGUCGUCACGAUGAUCCUCCACAUGAAGGUUGGAUCAUCCGACUGCUGACUGACACAGAAUGUGAUGGUUGCACACUGCUCCUAUUUGAGCUCCAGGGAGAAAAUGUGCACCUUCACGUGAUCACAAAAACACCCGUAACACUGGUUCUGAUGUUAAUAAUACGGUUUCACUCUGCAUCCUGACAGUUACAGCUCGCACGUGUUGCACACGUGACCAUUACUCUCCAUUCAUGCUAAACCGGCAGAGUCUCAGGACGUUUUGAUCGCACCUUGUAACAAAGGAAUGGCCUUGUUUCUCAGUUAGCCUGCAUUUCUUGCAGGUCUAUGUGUUCUUCACUCGAUGAAGAACCACUUGUUGCACUUCUUGGCCUGAAAUCUCACCACAUCUUAGGUUCUAAAACAUGUCGACAUGAAAUGCUGCCGCUGAAUGUCUUUUGUUCUUAAUUGGUUGCAGCAAACUAAUCCAUUUGGCCUCAACUUCUGCAAAAACCACCUUCAUCUGUAUUUCACAUCAAAUCCACUUAUAGAUUUGUAUAUUUUCCUUCCUGAAAUACAAGCUGAUUUAGCUUUAUUCUCCGUAGGAGGUCACAAGGUUGGGCCAGAGGCUUGUGUUCCCAUUCAGCAUUUUAUAUUUCAUAGUGGCAAUUAUUAGCCAUUUUUAAAAUCAGGACAUUUUUAGUAUAUGCAGUUUCCAUCUUUUGUCUAGACAUAUCCUUUAAGUGUGAAAUCUAUGCACAAACACCCCCGUAAAUGAGAUAAAUGAGAUCCCUUGUGUAGUAUUUGGUUGGAAAGAAAACCUGCCGACUCUUUGAUUAGCUCUGAAGCACCAGAGGGAACACUGCAUGCUGGAGAUCUUAUCCUAAUUAUAAAGCAGAAUGAGGAUAAACAAAGGCUGGGAAUGAAACUGGGUAAACUCCACUUCACAACCCUCUCAAGCAAUAAUAGCACUCCCAUAGAUAAGCUAGAUGUUGUGCUAUGUUUAGCCAAGUGUUAGGUCCGCAGUCCCUUCAAGCAUGGCUGAAAUGGUUUCCAGGUUAAGGGCUCAACCAGAGGCGUGUUCAAUCCCAUCACUUCUUUUGUUUCCAAACAAGGUCUCAGACCAGUGAUCCAAGUAUGUGUAGUGUAACCAAAUAGAACUUAAAGAUGAGCAACCAAACCAUUGAAAUGCAUUUUAAUGCUCAUGUCACAUGUGUAAUCAAGCCCAAAAUGAUUCACACAUGCCAAAUUUUGAUUUAGAGUGAAUUUUUGUUUGAUGGAUACAUUUCGUCUGGCUGUUAAUUAUAUGAAUUGGUAACAGAGACAGAUGUUGUGUUACAGAUGUUAAUAGUUAAUUUUAGGUAUGUAAUUUUGUACAUUUUUACAUAAAAUACCAUGUCCAAAUUCAUUCAUACUCAUUGAAAUUGCUGCUAAUCUUUGAUAAAGUGUUGAUUUCUAUCGCAUUCCAAAUGGUCACAGUGAUUUCUGCUAGUUCCAGAGCGUUUUCAUGCACUGUAGACAAAGAACAGCAGAUGCAGUAGUUCUCUAGUCAGCUACUAGUCGAUUGCAAGUUGUGGCUAAAACCAAAGAGCUUAGUGAGGACCUCCAUUUCCUCACAAGACGUGGAAAGGCUAUAAAACCAUAUCCAAGUGCUAGUGACCACAGUGCAAACCAUCAUCCAAAAUUACAAGGAGUUCCACACUGUGGGAAAACCUCAAAGGGCUGGUAGGAAGCCACAAGUGACCCCUGUGCUCGCAAGAAUGGUAGAGUCCAAGAAGAAUCCAAAGAUCAGCACCAAAAGCGUCCUGCUGAAUGUGAGCAGUUCUGGUAGCAACAUCUCAGACAGCGAGUCAGGAGACUUUAAUUCUUCAAGGCUAUUCUUCAAAACAGACAUACAAAAAGUCACCUGGACAAAGAAGCAAGCUUUUGGUUGUCAAAUGAGAUAUAAAUGGAGUUGUUUGGAAAGAAAGAAGAGGCAUUGAACUCCCAAGAACACCGUCCUCUCAGUCAAACAUGAUGGGAACAUAAUGCAUUAACAGCAUCAAGAGAAGAGAGGAGGAAAACAUCAGUUAGUCUGCAUCUCUAACACGAUGCGUUACCGUAUUUUGUCUCUCGUUUUGCAUUUCCAGCCAGAAGAA